AUGGAAUCUCAGAGUUUAGAUACUUUACUUACAGUGAUGUAACAUUAAAACAGCUUUGCUUAAAAUUAACCUUCUCUUAGUGUUGCCUAUAAAUAUGAUAAAGAUUAGAACAUAUUUAUUCUUUUGGACUAAACAGGUAAUUUAGAAACAAUAGAUUAUCUAGGGGAAUUCCCAUCAUUGACAACAACAAAAUUUAUAGAAUAUGAUAUAAAUUCUAAUUAUAACUUAAUUGGAUUUUCUUUAGAUUUUAAAAAUAACAAUAUGCUAGCUUACUCUCAAACUUAAGUUUUUCAUCUUUGUUAUGGUGAUUUAUUGAAUAAUGUUAUCCAAUUAAGAACAAGUAAGAAAUAAUUAUUUACCAAAAUUUUACCAAGUAUUCAUAAUUAAAACGAUGACAAUAGUAAAUCUUUUGUAAUAGCAGGAGAUUAAGGUUUAUUAUACAGAUAUUCCAAUACACAAUUUGAGUAUUUUUAUCAGCUCGAUGAAGAAAUUUUGGGUAUUAUUUACAAUUAAAAAAUAAUUACACAUUAUGAUUUUAAGAACCAAGUUAUAUUAAGUACUAUUGAAUUAAAAGAUCCUCAAUCCUUUUUAAUAAAAUUUGUAUGCUCAUCUAAAACACCUUUUGUUUACUUAGGGUUUAGCAACGGAGACAUUAUUUUAUAUAACAGAUAAACUUUUAAAUAAUUUAAAAUUGACUUGGCAAACAAAUAGGAUGGUUAAUAAUAAUAUGGUCUUGAAAUUGGGUUUAUUGUAGAAACUUCUACAGAUUUAUGGGUAAGCUUUAGUAAUUCACUUGGAGUUUUUAAGAUAAAUAUUUAAAAUAAUAUAUUUUAAUAAAUAAUAUAAUUUGAUAAUUUGACAACUUACAAAAUGUAAUAAUAACUGAAUGUUAUGAUAUUCGAUUUAGAUGAACUAAAUUCAAGGAUAUUUUUGAAUUUUGUUGGUGAAAAAGUCAUGAGGGUUUUUGAUUUAAGCGGUAAUUUAGUCUAACAUCUUUCUUUGCCAUGUGUAAUGAAUAAUAGUUUAUAGAUUAAUGAAUUACAUUUACUAGUUUACACGACCUUUCAAGUGAUGAUUUAUGAUAGGAAUACUCUCUAAUAUAUUUAAAGUAUUAGAAGAGAUAACCAUUAUAAUUUUAUUAUUGAAGUUGUUUAAAUAAAUGAUUAAUACUUGGUACUUUUAAGCUAAGAUAAAUAUGAGCUAUUUAAAUUAUAAUAGAAUUCAAUCGAAGGAAUUUUGAUUGAUCAAGUUAUGUUACAAAGCCCAGUGUUUAUGGAUUAUUCAAUUAGAGGUUUAGAUGAUGCAUAAACUAGUUCUUUAAUGUAAAUUUUUAUACUUUCAGACAAUCAAGUAUUAGAACAAAAAUAUGAUCUUGUUUAUGAAAACAUUAAAACUUUAAACAAAAUUUGCAGUAUUGAAAUAUCUGUGAACUCUUUUUUUGACGUUAUGCUUUCAAUCAAUAAAAUCAAACCAAUGUCAUAUCCAGAUCCUUCUUAAAGAUCUAUGAUCACAGCAAAAGAUUACAGUUUAAACAAUUACUUGGAUAUCUUACUUAACAUAGACGAUUUGAGGACAAUAGAUUUCUAAAAUACUCUUAACAGUCUUACUUAAGUGUAUCCUGUAAAAAAUGCAAAUCCUUCAGAAAAUGAAAAUCUUUCUCAUUUGUAGAUUUAUUAAGAUUCUUUUUAAUUGUAUUUCAAAAAAUAAGUUUAAAUAAGAAAUUUUGGCUUAAUCUUCCAAAAUAAUUUAGAGUAGAUAAAUUUUUACUAAUUUACACAAAAUGUCACUUUUCACAACAUCUAAAUAGCGUCUUAAGUUGUAGAUAAAGUAUCCUUUUAAUUUGUAAAUAUGAAAUUAGUUAUUUUAAAUGAAAUUUAACUGUGCAAGCUGCAAAGAGAAUAGAAAUAGUUUAAUUCUGGAGAUGAUUGGUUAUUUGUUUUUAAAAAUAUAAACUAAGUAUUAAUUUAUAACUUAGUUUUAGAUAAUUAAAAUAUAGAAAGUUUGAACUUUGGUGGCUUGAUUUCAGUAUUCAAUGUUUAAACUUUAAUAAUAAAAAACUUGGUUAUAAAAAAUUCAAAACUAUAUUCUUUAAUCUAUCUUGGCAAGGUACAAAAUCUUACAAUAAAUAAUCUUUAGAUAAUAAAUUGCUAAUAAGCUUCUAACAAUGAACCUAUUUAUAUACUAAAUAUAGUUGGAGUUACAAGCUCUUAUCUUUAGAACAUAUUAAUAACUAAUAACUAAAAUUUGCUCUUUGUAUAUACAUCUAAUAUUUAUGAAGAGGAUGGGAUCAGGCAUUAUUUGUAAAGAGAUAACUUGAAUGUGAAAAAUCUAAAUGUUACAUAAAAUUUAAUCUCCUAUUCUAUCAGUUAAUCUCUAAUCUCGAUUUAGAAUUCAAAUUGCAAUUUUAACAACAUAACUUACUAAAAUAACUAAGGAAAUAUGUAUCUAAGUAAAUCUUAGAAUUUUUUAAUUGAAAAUAGUUAAUUUUACAAUAAUACUUCUCUGAAUGGAGGUGCUCUUUCUUUACUUUAAAGCAAUAAUCUAAUUGUUUUUAAAAACUGUUAGUUUUAGUAUAAUAAAGCACAUGCAAGCGGAGGAGCUAUCUACUUUGAAAAUGUAAAUGCCUAAAUAAAUAUGGAUGAUACUGUAAAAAUAAAUUAAAAUGAAGCUCUAAUUGGUGGAGGCAUAAGACUGUAUAACAACUAAUAAAAUAUGCCUUAAACAAUCAACUUUAAUUAUAAAAAUAUUAUAUUUAAUAAUUCAGCUUAAAUGUAUGGAAACAAUGUAGGGACAUUCAUUUAGAGAGCUAUGAUAAGAGUUAUUCAGAAGAUUUCAUAAGACAAUAAUAAUCUGUAUCAGAAGCAUAGCUUUGAAUAUAAAAUUAUCUAAAGUUAAAAUAUGAGUGAAUCUGACUAAUAAAAAUAUUAGGAAAUACUUUAAAUACAAAAAUUUUAAAGCGGAAGCAUGCUAAAUUUAUCGAUAUAAUUGGCUGACUAUGAAGGAGAAUUAAUUAGAUUUUAGUAAUAAAAAUAUAAUUAUAAAUAGUAUCCAGAAUCGAUUAUGGAUGAAUUGAGUUAGAUAAAAUUCAAAAUUCAACCUGAAACAUUAGAUUAAAAUAUCAUGUUAAAUGGACACAAUAUAAUAACAUCCUCUGACUUUGAUGAUGCAAAUAAUUAAUUUAUUUUUUCUGAAAUUUAAAUUACAAGCAUGCCAAACCAAACAACAGAUUUAAUUAUCUUAUCUAAUUAUACACUUUAAUAUAUUAAUGUACUCCCGAUUUAAAUACAAAUAUAAAUGAGAGUUUGCUAUCCAGGUGAAGUUGUUAAGCAAAUAGAAAAUAAUAUUUAUAGCUGCAAUUCCUGUCCAUAUGGAUAGUAUUCAUUGGUAGAUCCGACGUAAGAUGAGUUUUGGAUAUAAAACAUAGCAAAAACUAAUCAAGCUAGAUCAAAUGGCAAAUUAACUUACUUGUCUUAAUGCUAAUAGUGCCCAGAUUCAGCUACUUUGUGCUAAAAUAAUACUAUAGCUUUAAAAAGUGGCUAUUGGAGAGCAAAUAAUGCCUCUGCAGAUAUUGUUUAGUGCUCUCUUUAAUUUAAUGCCUGUGAUGAAUAAGAUAAUACUAGCAGAAAUGGUUGUCUAAGAGGCUAUAUGGGACCUGCUUGUAAAAUAUGCGAUUCUACUGGAUAGAUUUGGGAUGGAUAACGAUACUCCUAUUCAUACAUUAGUUAGGAAAAAUGUAAUUUAUGUAGAAGCAUGCACUAAUAAAUACUUUUUAUCCUUCUUACAGGGAUUGUUUUGGCAAUUUAUUUUCUAUUUAGCACUAUUGCAUAUUUUGAUUAAUUUAUUCACUCAUGUCUAUGUUACUACUUAAGGUAAUUAAAUAUGAUACCUAUUUCUAGAAAUUCAAUUAAAGAUUAAACGAGUUUUUAUAUUAAGAUAUUUGUUAAUUAUACAUAAAUUUCAUCUGUGUUGAUCAUUAUUCAGGUCAAUUAUUUCUCAGAUAUUUUCACAAAUAUGCCUAAUUAUAUUAGUGAUCCUAACUCCUAAAUAAUAACAAAUAUCAACUGUGUCAUUCCAGAAGAAUAUAUUAAUCAACAUGGCUUAGCUCAUAUUUUAUAAACUUUGUAUGCGCUCCUACCUCUAUUAUUUCUUCUUAUUCUGAUUCUUAUAACUUAUGUAAUAGAAAAACUAAAAUGUAUGAAUAUCAAAAAAUAUCAUAAAUAUACUCUGAUGAACUGCCUCUUUAUUUUCUUUUAGCCAAAUUAAAUAGUUUUUUUUUCGAAACAACUAACAUGCACUCAAAUUGGAUCCGAAUAUUAUGUAACAUCAGAUUUGACCUUAAAAUGUGGUGAUUAAAGCUAUAAUUAGUUCACAUAUACUAUGUGUAUUCCUUUAAUUGUUAUUUGGAGCUUGUUUCCUUUUAUUAUAUUUAAGCUUUUGCAAAAAAAAUCUUCAAAACUUCAGUCUUGCAUAACCUUGUAUUACUUUGGAUAUUACUACUAGGAAUAUAAAGAAAAAUAUUAUUAUUGGGAAUUCAUUAGAAUCUACUUAAGAGUUAUUGUUGUCGUUGCUUUUACCCUCACUUCUUAAACUCAGUUUUUAGGUUACUUAAUUUUUUAACAAUUAUUAUUUUCAAAUUAAAUAAUCCUCUAAUUAGCAUUGUAAAAACAAGAAACAUAAUAGAAAAUAUUCAGUCUUUGGAAGAAAAUACAAAGAAAUUUAAGUCUGAUCAUUUAGCUAAAAGCCAUCGAAAGAGUCAGUGAUGGAUAAUCAAAAAUAAAGAAAAACUAUUCUUUAGUUAGCCCAUAAAAUAAUGCAUAACAACAUAAGAUACCUUUCAAUAAAGUUUAGAACUCUAUAAUUAUUGAAUCAUCAAAUCAGAAUUAUUGCAUCGAAAAAGAAAACUGGAUUUAAGUAAAAAAAUAUCAAAGUAAAUUAAGCUAAAAGGGUACUGAUUCAUAGCUUCCAAAUCAAAUAAAAAGUGAAAUCGAAUGUAAAAGUUCAUUUAUAAGCCCAUCUCAGAAAGAUUUAAAUGAUGAAUAAAAUUUUAAAUCUGAUGUAUUCUUAAGCAGUAAUUUCUCUAAGCCGUUAGAUAUAAAUUAUGAAACCUAAUUCAAACUAAUAAAGUACAUUGACUCAAAAAGAGAAACCAAAAAUUAAAAUCAAAAAUUUGAAUUCAUUAAAGACUGA